UACUCAAGUGACCAAUCAAAAUUGUGUUCGCCAUUGGCGAAUCUUUGAUUAUAGGUCUUUAACAUCGGGUUACUGUCGUUUAUGAACGACGAAAGUAACAUCACGGGUUAACAUGGCGCUCUCCCAUCAAGCAUUGAAUAUAACGUGAUUGAAGAUAGAAAGGAAGAAAAUGAGUGCAUCCAGUAGCACAAUCAAUCAAUCAUCUUCAAUUGCUACUAAUAUGACAGCACAUCAGGAAAAUAGUGUCCGUAUCAAAGCUAUUUCUUUUGUAAUAGCACAAAUCGCUGCUCAAUCCGCUAAUUAUUGGACUAUUAUGAACUUUAUGAAGGCAUCAGAGGAGGAUGAUGACGAAGAGGAAUUGUUUUGCCUUGUAGCAUUAAAAAAGGGAAACACGCCAACACGCAUUACUGGAUAUAUUGACAAUGUGGUGUUGAAUUACACGUCUGUUCAAUUCCAACAACAUUUCAGAGUACCACUUUAUACUUUUGAGAAUUUGCUACAAAUGAUUGGAUGUAUGCUAAUAGGUGAUGAUAAUCGACAGGGGCGUCCAAUGAUAGAUCCUCGGAAGCAAUUACUCUCAGUAAUUUGGCUUCUUAGUACACCAGACUCAUAUAGGUCUAUUGGAGAUCGAUUCAACAUGGCAAAGUCUUCAUUAUCAGCAUCAUUCGUUCGAGUGGUUACAGCGUUAUGCAGAAUUGCACACCGAAUCAUUAAAUGGCCUAAACGAGCAGAAAUAGAGGAAAUCAAAGAGAAGUUUCAAAAACUUUCGCAUAUUCCGGAUGUACUUGACGUGAUUGACGGAACAUAUAUCCCUAUUAAAGCUCCGAAAAUAGAUCCAGAGGUUUACAUAAAUCGGAAAUGUUUUUAUGGCAUUACUCUGCAAGCCAUCUGUGAGCCAUCGUUGAAAUUUAUAGAUUGCUUUGCUGGCUAUCCAAACUCUGUAAGCGAUGUCAGAAUAUUUCGUAACUCGGAUAUCUAUGCACAAAUAAGAGCUGAACCGCAAGCUUACUUCCCAAAUAAGGAAUUUUUGUUAGGAGACAAGGCCUACCCUGUACUUACCUGGCUUAUUCCCUCGUAUAUCGACAGGGGAAACACUACCGAAAUUCAAAAGCACUUUAAUGGAAGUUUGGCAAGCACUAGACAGGUGAUUGAGCGAUCUUUUGCAUUACUGAAAGGUCGUUUUAGAAGAUUAAAAUAUCUGGACAUGAAUCGUACUGAUUUGAUACCUGCUACGAUAUUAGCAUCAUGUGUUUUGCACAAUAUAUGUAUUGAUCAUGAUUUAUUUAUAGAAGAAUAUGUCAUUGAGGGUAUGAACAAUGAUCACUAAGAUGCAGAGCCGAUCAAUCCGAUACAUCGAGCUGUGCCUGGUAAAAAUAAUGGGCAUCAGAAAAGAAACGAAUUAGCCGAAUUAUUGUAUUACCGAGUCUAGCUGAUAUAGAAAUAAACUACUCGUUUUUAUACUAUUGUAUGACGUAUUCUAUGAAUAAGAAAACAAAUAUUGUGUAAAUAAUUGGCGUUGAGACAUUGCUGCACCCCUUUAUAAUAAAAUAUUCAAUGUCUUUUUUACGAAAUAAAAAUAUGUAUUUGGUCAAUGAAAUUCGUUAAUAGUUUGGUACAUCACACUAUUCCAGUCCAGUGUAACAUACAAUACAAUAUUACUUGCAAUAACGCAGUUUUUAAACUCACAUAACAAAUUAUGUAUAUAAUACAUUUAAACAAAAAUAAAAAGAUGAUAAUUCUAAUCUUAAA